AUGUCCAGCGCCGCGACCCCCGCCGCCUCUUCCUCCAUGGACAUGGCCAUGGACACGGGCUCCUGCCAGCUCUCUAUGCUGUGGAACUGGACGACGAUCGACAGCUGCUUCCUCUCGAGCUCCUGGCGGGUCACCUCGCCCGGCGCGUUCGCGGGCUCCUGCCUCGCCGUCCUCGUCCUCGUCCUCGCGCUCGAGCUCGUCCGCCGCACGCAGCGCGCCACCUCGUCCGCGCGCUGCUGCACACGUGACACCGCCCAGCUCGCGGGCGCGUACAUCGUCAUGCUCCUCGCGAUGUCGCUCAACGGGUACAUCAUCCUCUGCAUCGUCGUCGGGGGCUUCCUCGGCGCGGCGCUCUUCCAGCGCGACACCUACGUAGGCGGCCGCACUCCUCCGAAGGUGCGCGACGAAUGCUGGGAGUGA